CCGUGAUUUUGUCUGAUUUACAGGACAAUUCGUCACCAUUAUGUGGAAUAUGAAGAAUUAAUGACAGGAGGCGUGAAGGUCUAGUAGCCGCCCAGAAUCGCACAGCGAGCAGCACAGCGAAGUGUUGAGUGGAGUCAGUGCCGCCGAGAGGAAUGAAUAAACGAGGCGAAAGAUUCACACAGCAGUUGAAGGAAUCCUAAGGACGUUUUCAUCCUCUUGGAUAACGGGGUUUUCGUUAAGUUCGCCUGUACUUAAACGCGAGGAUAUCACAAAGCACGUCUCAGAGAAGAAGUGUGAAGCAGAUUUCUGAAAAGCAUCACGCUUACCAUCAGCUGGAAGGGAGAGACAUUUACAGGUACAUAUGGGGCAAGGAGAAGCUUCAGCAAGAGGCACAAGUAUGGAGGGGGACUGUCUUAGUUGCAUCAAGUACCUCAUGUUCAUCUUCAACUUCUUUAUUUUUCUUGGAGGUGCAUUCCUUCUAGGGGUGGGAAUCUGGGUGCUGGUGGAUCCGACAGGUUUCCGGGAGAUUGUGGCAGCCAACCCUCUCCUGUUUACUGGAGUCUAUGCAAUUUUGAUCAUGGGCGGGAUGCUGUUCCUACUGGGAUUUCUGGGUUGCUGCGGAGCCAUACGAGAAAAUAAAUGUCUUCUACUGUUUUUCUUCAUGCUCAUACUCAUCAUAUUCCUGGCAGAGUUGGCGGUGGCCAUUCUGGCAUUCAUUUUCCGGGAGCAUCUCACCAGAGAUUACUUCACCAAGGAGCUGAAAACACAUUACCAAGGCACCAAUAGCACUGAUGUCUUCACCUCCACAUGGAACGCCAUUAUGACUACAUUUGAUUGCUGUGGGGUGAACAGUGCUGAAGACUUUGAUGAUCAGAGCCUCUUCAGACGACUGAACCCCAGCAGACUAGUGCCAGAGGUCUGUUGCCAGAGGAACCAUCUGAUGAUGAGUAAGGAGGAGUGUCUCAAGGGAAUUAUGCCAAUCCGUAACAAGGGCUGUUAUUCAGCAGUGGUGGACUAUUUUGAGACAUACAUCUAUAUGGCUGGAGCCCUUGCUAUUGUGGUGCUGACUAUUGAACUUUUUGCCAUGGUGUUUGCUAUGUGUUUGUUUAGGGGAAUCCAGUGAUCUUAACAUGCUGUAAAUUAAGGACAUUUUGAGGAGGAGGAACAUGGCAUGGCAUGGAAGACAUUUUUAAAUAAGAAAAAGAAGAAAACACUUAUAUAUUUGCCAUCUCUAUGUUGUUGUGUUGGAAUAUCUGAGAAUUGCCAAAAAAUGUAUCGUACUUCACAGCUGGGACUUUGAGGUACUUGUGAAAUCAUUCGUAAAUUAAGGGUGGCAUCUAUGGCAGUCCUUUAAGGUUAAUGGAGGACACCUUGCACUGAUAUUUGGUUGAAUAUUUAUAGAUGACAAAAAGACUGAUUUGUACCAAGAUGUUUUACCUCUUAUCUACAGUAGAUUGUUCACCACUGCUCCAGAGCCAUGCUUAAAAAAACUACACUGUGUGAAUGGGAGUGUGUGUCUGUGAAACAGAGAAGAUUGGUUUGUGUGUGUGCUUGUUUCUGUAUAAAAUCCAAGAGGCCAGCAGCUUCUAUAAAGUAAUGUUUUGUGAGUUGCAACCAUGAAUAUUUUAUGUGAUUUUAGCAAAACUGUGCUGUAUUUGUGUUGUAUCUAUUGUACACAUGACAUUGAAUGAUAUAAAAAAAAUAAACAUCUGCAGUGCUUAUUUGCAUUGUGUUU